AUGUCUCUGCGACGUGCCUGGCUUGCUCUGCUGCCAAUGGGCCUCGGCCAGGUUGAGGAGAGCCUGUGGUGUCCUGUAAAGGGGGGAUUGUGGGGAGCGGCCCUUGUUUUCCCCUCCACCCCCUCCCCGCCCGUCUCCCUCCAAAAGGCUCAGAAGACAGCCCCCGCGGAAGCUGUGCUCUUCCGACCAUGUCCCAGGAUGCCCCGCACGAUGCUUUUUUCCAUCAAGGGAAGACGGUCCAUACGCUUUGUUGGAAUUACGUACUGUCCCAGCCACGGCUUCUGGGCCGUUUCGGAAAGAGUCGCUGAGAAGGAGACGGGUCUGCUUCAACUUGCUGGACAUGGCCACGCCCUUUCCACCAAGGCGUUCGCUUCAUGGAAGCGUGGCAAAAGCAAAGACGGUGACGAUGACGACGAUGACAGCAACGACUACAUGAAGGACCUUCGUGACCUGGUGAGUUCCAUCGACGGAAAGAUUGAAGCUCUUGACCACGGUCUCACGACCGUGGAGGCGAAGGUGAGCAAACUCGACGGCGCGAUGCAGACCCAGCACGCUGCGAUCUGGAGCGACGUGUCGCAGAGCGUGACUGAUCUGGAGGGCGAGAUGGAGACUGCGUACGAUGCGCUCAAGCACGACACGACGAAGGACCUCGAGGAUGUCAAGCAGCUCGUGGAGACGAGCAGCGGUGGCCUUGCCGGGCGGAUUGACGACACCACCUCCGUGGCGCAGGAGGCUAAAGGCAUCUCGCUGGAGAUGAACAGCGCGGUAAAUGUGGCCAAGGAAAAUGUCAGCAUCAUGGUGGGCCAGGUGGACCAGGUCAACGAAGAUUUGAAUGCGACGAAGGGCACGGUCAUGGCAACGCAGAGCACCGCCGCCGGCACCAUGAGCGCGGCGAAUUUCACGCGCUUCGCCGUGGCCGCAGUGAAUGAGCAGCUGCCUGCCACCCCGUCCUGCUGCAGUCCUGAUGACGCCAGCACUGUGCUCAUCAUCUCGGGCCCGAACUCAAACGUGGCCACCUUCGACCGCCUCGGGGUGGUCGUUGCGAGAGAAGGCGGAAAGGUCCACCGCCGCCUGCUCGACACGCUGACAGCAAAGGACUUCGAUGGAGUUGGGCUUACGAUCUUUGCUCCGCAGGGCAACAGCACCACAGAAGAGAAGCGGCUGCUCAUCGCCGACUGGUACAACUACAAGAAGUGCGGUGUGAUGGUCGUUGUUGCGGAGGAGUCCAGUGUCGAGCUGGCCAACGACAUCCUUGCAGGCUUAGCUCCUGACACCAAGCUCCGCUUUGGCAGCGCGGCCUUCGGCCAGGGCUGCGACAGCAUCGACAUCUUCGACGGGGGUGACCCCUUCUAUGUUCAGACAGUGCUGGGCGUCGAGUCAGCGUCCGCCAGCGAGGUGACUGGCGAAGGACGGGCGCUGCUGACCACCGACAGAUCGGGAGCCUCGGCGUCUUGA